AUGGCUUUGCGAUUGAGACGGAUACAUCUUCGGGCAAAGAACAAGAAAUCGCCGAAAGCAAAACGGAUAACAAAAAAGCGAAAAGCCAAGAAAAAUGGGACAGCGAAAAAAACUGAAGCAAAUGGAAAUAAAAGAAAGAUUUUUGCUCAAAAGCAGGCGAAAACAACAAAAGAACGAGGCAUUUCCCAUACAAAAGGCAAAAGAAAAGCGGCGUCAAGCUCUAAUGGAGAUUCACAAGCACGAGAUACGAUAGCAAUCGAGAUUGAAGAACCAACAAGCACUUCACGGCUUGAGACGAAAGGAGAUCGAGGAAAUGGUCGUGGAAUUGGUAUGGAGAAUUCACAUCCACCAAUCCGAAAAGUCGCUCGUCUCUUGCCAUUACAUGAUAAUACUUUAUCCCGAAUAUCAACACUUGUUUCACUGACAUCACUGCAUGAAAAACCAGAAAAAGAAGAAAAAAGAAUAGUUCGUGAUGAUCGAAAAUGGAUGAAAGAAGUCGCAUACAGAGAACAUUUACUUCGAAAGAACGAGCCCCCACCUCAAUCGCCACCAAAUUAUAGGAUAACGGUUGUAAAAGGAUCAAUCCCUAGGCAUCAUAUCCAUUCAGAAAAGACA